UCCAGUUGUCUGCAUUUUGGUCCAGUUGCGGGGUCAUAAUCAAUAGUUUCGUAAUACCUCCGUGUCGCUCUUCAAUUCGCAUCGUACAAAAAAAUGCAACAUUCGAAUCAUUUAUCGGAUACAUCAAAUUCAAACAAAGCAUUAGCUUCUUCAGAUUUUCAAAAUGUUCGAGACAAUCUAAGUGGGGAGCGUACGAGUCAAAAUCCACAGAGACGUAGACAUAUCCAAACAUCAGAAGAAGCUGUACAUUUAUUAGGCAACUCUGGUUAUGGACAAUUUCCAGAUGGAGGAGGGGAAGAAGAAUUGAGUUCAGAAUCCGUAGAUGAGUUACGAGAACGCUUGAGAAGGAUGAAGAACCUGAUGGCAAACAGAAGUAAAUCUAAAAAUUUUGCCAGUAAGAUUGGCAGAAAUUAUUCUUAUUUUGUCGAUGCAAAUGUAAUAGGGUACGUAUUUGGGCUCACCCUAUUGACAAUUUUAGUCGUUAGUAUAUAUGCGUUUUACAACUUGUUUUGGGCUAUUUGGAAGCGGAAUGCCCGCUAUCACGAAGAGUUGUAAUUAUCUGCAUCAAAUCUUCAAUCUCACCUAAUGCUACUUGCUACUUUACACUCGCUCGCCAAACAUUCAAUAGUAUUUUGAAAAUUUGAUUUAUAAAAUAUUAUCAAUUUGUGUACAACAACAUCUACUUUCAUCAUGUUUCAUUUUCCUCUGUGCACUAGUUUAAAAUUGUACUAUUGAAUUAGCCAUUAGUAUGUUUUGUAUGUUUUAUAUAUAGACUUGGUUCCAAAAAAACUUUUGUAGAAAGACAAAUAAAUGCUAUUAUAAAUGUACUUCACCAGUGUAAA